UUGUGGGUAGACUGACAACCUAAGACUCAGGAGGAGAGCUUCUGCAUGGUGACUCCGGCUUCUGAAGGAGAGGGCAGGAGGGCUGUGGCCCCAAGGCACAAGAGUGAGACACGAUGGAAUUUGGCUUCACCACCAAGGACACCUAUCUGAGCCAUUUUAACCCUCAGGAUUACCUAGAAAAAUAUUACAACUUUGGGUCCAAACACUCUGCAGAAAACCAAAUUGUUAGGCAUCUUCUGGAAAAUCUUUUCAAGAUAUUCUGCCUGGGUGGCGUGAAGGGAGACCUUCUGAUCGACAUUGGCUCUGGCCCCACCAUCUACCAGCUCCUUUCUGCUUGUGAGUCCUUCAAGGAGAUCAUCGCCAGUGACUAUGUGGACCAGAACCUGCAAGAGCUGGAGAGGUGGCUGAAGAAGGAGCCAGGGGCCUUUGACUGGUCUCCAGUAGUGAACUACGUGUGCGACCUUGAAGGAAACAGAGUCAAGGGACCUGAGAAGGAGGAGAAGUUGCGGCGGGCAGUCAAGCAGGUCCUGAAGUGCGAUGUGACCCAGAGCCAGCCGAUGGGGCCUGUCUCUCUGCCCCUUGCCGACUGCCUGCUUACCACACUGUGCCUGGAUGCCGCCUGCCCGGACCUCUCUACCUACCACAUGGCCCUUAAGAACCUCAGCAGCCUCCUCAAACCAGGGGGUUUCCUGGUGAUUGUCGAUGCCCUGAAAAGCAGCUACUACAUGAUUGGUGAGCAGAGGUUCUCCAGCCUCUCCCUGGGCCAGGAGGCCGUGGAAACUGCCGUAAGAGAGGCUGGCUACACAGUUGAACAAUUCCACGUGAUCUCUCAAAGUUACUCCCCUACCAUGGCUGACAAUGAAGGACUCUUCUUCCUGGUGGGGCGGAAGCUGAGUGGAUCUGUAUGAUGCUUUGUUGUCUCUAUUAAAGCAACUUUUUUGACUCAUAGUUGGCUUUAGUCCUUGGUUCUAACUGCCUCGGUCAUUGUGCUGAGUAGAGUAGUAGAGUAGUGGCUGGGGCCCAGUGGCACAGCUAGGACAGGAGUUGGGGUGGUCAGUCAGUCUAGGGACAAUAAAUGACAGACCUACUCUAUGCUCCACACUUGUGCUAGUACCAUGGGGACCCAAAGAUGCUUGGUAAUAUGGCCAUUCUCUGGACACUGUGACUACAAAAAAAGACCUGACUUUCUUGGACAUUCCAGUAGUGAUGGCUCAAGUCCCUACCUGCCUACAGAGAAGCAGGCGUCUCUAAGUUAUUCACUAUAAGCUUCCUAGAGGGCCUGUUGCCUCCUUUUCUCCCAGGAUCAGAUUUCU